GAGACCUUUGGGCGGGAUCACCAACGGCUGAGGGUUGCGAUUUAGGGAGGAGCGUUGGUUGUCGGUUGCCCGUUGUCACUGGAGACGGGGGAGGGACGAUUUUUAUACGAUGCGUUCACCUACGGCCUGGCGGCGCAGGUACCAAGUAGUGUAUCCAGUGAGAGAAGAGACCAAGGUAGGGCAGUUCUCAGGAGGGUUCCGAGGAGCCAUGGCCUCCUCGGUGAACUCAAGCAACCCACCUAGUACGUCGGUAAGCAAGACCAAGACGAAGAAGAAGCACUUCGUGUCCCAGAACGUGUCGGUGUUCAGAGCGGGCAACCCGGUGGUCAGCGUCUUCAUGUGGGGUGUCAACCACUCGAUCAAUGAACUGAACCACGUCCCAACCCCAGUGAUGCUCCUACCUGAUGACUUCAAAGCGAACAGUAAGAUCAAGGUGAACAACCACCUGUUCAACAAGGAGAACCUCCCGAGCAACUUCAAGUUCAAGGAAUAUUGCCCACAGGUCUUCCGUAACCUGCGGGACCGGUUUGGAGUUGACGACAUGGACUACCAGAUGUCUCUGACCCGCUUCGCUCCAUACAGUAAAGGUGAGAGCGGGAUCACUGUGCUGUUCCUCAGCAGUUAUGACCGCAGGUAUGUGAUCAAGCAGAUCUCAAGCGAGGAUGUAGCUGACAUGCACACCUUCCUGUCGGACUACCACCAGUAUGUCGUGAACUGCCAUGGGAACAUGGUGCUGCCACAAUUCCUGGGCAUGUACCGGAUCAGCGUGGACAGUGAGGACACUUAUGUGCUAGUGAUGAGAAACUUUUUCAGCCACAGACUUACCAUCCACCGGAAAUAUGACCUGAAGGGCUCGCUAGUUUCCCGUGAAGCCAGUGAUAAAGAAAAGGUGAAGGAACUACCCACAUUAAAGGACGUGGACUUCUUGAACCUCAAUCAGAAGGUUUACAUUGGCCAGGAGGACAAGAAGUUAUUUAUGGAUAAGCUGAGGAGAGACGUGGAGUUCCUGGCCCGGCUGAAGAUCAUGGACUACAGCCUGCUGCUGGGAAUCCACGACGUGCAGAGACAGAAGGACGAGGAGGAGGGGGCACCGACCACCAUCGUGGUCUCUGAGGAUAACCGCAACACUCACAGCAGCGUGUCACCCCACCAAUACGGCCACACCCCUGAGAUGCUGGGCGCCUACCUCAACAAGGUGCCUGACUUCAUUGAGGAACACUCUCCUCCUGAUGCCCAUGCCAUCAAGAGCUCUGAAUCUGCUCCCCGGAAGGAGGUGUACUUCAUGGGUCUGAUCGACAUCCUCACCCAGUAUGACACAAAGAAGAAAGCUGCCCAUGCGGCAAAGACAGUGAAGCAUGGUGCCGGCGCGGAGAUCUCGACCGUGAACCCGGAGCAGUACGCCAAACGGUUCAUGGACUUCAUCACCAACAUCUUCGCCUAGCAGCAGGGAGAGAUCUCACCCCACGGCAUGCCUGUCUAUCAGAACAGAAGGGCAGCUGUCUCCCUCAGAUCAGCAUUCCUACGUUUUUUCCCCCCUCCAUCCUGCAGACCAGCAUUCCCAUGUUUUUCUCCAAUCCUUCAGAUUUGUGUUCCUGUGUUUCCUUCCUCCUCCGGACCUGCGUUUUCCCCCUCCUCCAGACCAGUGUUCCUGCAUUUCUCCCCUCUUUGGACCAGUAUUCUCUUGCUCUCGCUCUCCAAAAGGGAUGAACAUCCCUUUUCUUCCUUCUUCCAUGCUCUUACCAUCUCAAUGUCACUGCUGGACACCAGUUGCUGUCUCUUUCCUGAGGCAGGGUUUUGUUCAUUUCCCCACUCCCCGUCUGAAUUAAUCCCAUCCCGGCCCCACUCUUCUGCUGUCCGGAGGGGUCCCUCACUGCCAAUCUGUUGGAUGGUCCCUCCAACCCAUCCAAGUGCCUUUGGUUGUUGACUCUCUCUGAAUGCAACCUCAAGUUUUGGUGCUUCUUUCAAAAUAAAGUUGACUUUUAUUUAA